AUGACUAUGGCACUCUCCACAGAGCACAUUUUUAGCCCGGCGCAGUUGAGUCACGCAGAUCUGGUAGCACUUGAUAACUUUAUCCACAAGGACUUCUUCGAACAGGUUCAGCUCAAAUCGAUCCACCCGCAGAAGAGACAGGAAUUCGGAGAUAGUUCAGCGCACCUUACGGCUGUGCUUAUUUCUGGCUCGAUGGAAGGACUAGUUCGGCUGACAGCAGAUGCCACCAACUAUUUGCAGGAACUAAGUCAUAGGCCGCAGCCAGGUCCAGAAGACAUCAUCAACCGCAUGGACGUGUUAUUCGAGAACAUCUAUAACAUCAACAGACGCCAUCACGAGAUCCUGAGGGAAGUCAUAUGUGGGUUGUACAUGAGACCUGAGCAGCUCCAGUCGAGACUUGAUCUCCUGGCCAAGUAUGACAUCACGUUCCGCAAGUUGGAAACUGUCACUUACGCAGCAAGCCUCAUCGUGGCACAAAUGUCACUUGUGCAUGAGUGCUAUCGAGGAGUUCUCAAAGAACAGCUGCGAGGCAGAGGUGCCCUCGACUCCACACCGCUACCACCAUCGAUUACAAUGACUCCAACUGCACCGCAACUCCCAAAGCCACGGAAGAGGAAACCUAAGCCCAAACCACAGCCGGUACAGCCAUCCCAACGUACAUCAGCACAGCCGCCACCUAGCAUCUUGCACCAGACAGUCCAGGAAUUGCUUCAGCGGCCUUCAACUUCCACAGCACACUAUCACCUGCAGAAGGCGUUUGAGUUGAUCGCUCGUCAAGAAGCGAUUUCCCCACACAGAAAAAUAGUUCAUAAGAUCCUGGAAGCCAGCCUUGCAACUUUCCGCUAA